AUGCCACCUCGCUACCCAUUUGGAGGUGGGGCUCAGUCCGAUGAAGCUCAUCACCAGCCGUUGGAGAGGCGUACGACGGCAGAGGCGCAAGGUAACUCAUUCACGCAUGGCCACACCGCUUAUCCAACGUAUGACAUGGGCGCAGAACCGCAUUCACCACCUCACGUCUCUUAUGAUCCAUACUUGCCUCCUUCCACAUCAGGCGAUCAUUCGGGCUACGAAAUGCCUUCUGCCAACUACAACGACCAUCAUCGUUCUUCAUACCCUCAGGCUAUCCAUAGCCCGCCUCGCAUGACGAAUCCCUACGCCAACUCGCAGCCUCGACAAGGCAGUGCGGAUCCUUUCGAUGAGCAUGACGGUGAUGUGCCCCUCUUGCCAAGAGGCGGCAACUAUGCAUAUGCGCCCGCCUCGCACUUUGACGAGCACGGCAACCAUGUCGGCCCUGUCGACAAGUAUGCCGAUGGAGAUGACGAUGUGAUGGACGAAGACGCUGUCAACGGCCAGGCGAGAGGCCGACUGCUCCACACGCAAGUUCCCCACGAUGACGAUUACAUGCCCGGUGGCUUCGAUCCCAACGUGCUCGAAAAUGGCCAGGCUGGAGGUGUGCGCUUCGGCAAGAUCCCACAACGUGUGCCAAGACGAUACAAGACGCUCAAGAGGGUUGAACUUUACCAUGGCAACCUCGUCCUCGAUUGUCCCGUCCCCUCCAAGCUGCUUGACAAGCUCAACGACCGAGAGUCCCGAGAAUUCACCCAUAUGCGAUACACUGCUGCCACUUGCGACCCCGACGAGUUCAAAACCGAGCGUUACACAUUGCGACAGGUUCUCUUUGACCCUCCUCGUCGCACAGAGCUGUUUAUAGUUCUCACCAUGUAUAACGAGGACGAAGAGCUUUUCACGCGCACCAUGCACGGAGUCAUGACCAACAUCGCCCAUCUUUGUACUCGAGAGCGCUCCAAGACCUGGGGCAAGGAAGGCUGGAAGAAAGUCGUCGUCUGCAUCGUCUCGGACGGCCGUCUCAAGAUCAACUCGCGCACCUUGGCGUGCCUUGCUGCGAUGGGAGUGUACCAGGAGGGCGUGGGCAAGAACGUCGUCAAUGGCAAACCCGUCACUGCUCACAUCUACGAAUACACAGCUCAGCUCUCGAUCGAUCCUAGCAUGCACUUCAAGGGUCGCGAAAAGGGCAUCAUGCCCGUCCAAAUUCUCUUCUGCCUCAAGGAGCGCAACCAGAAGAAGAUCAACUCGCACCGUUGGUUCUUCAACGCUUUCGGCCAGAUCUUGCAGCCCAACAUCUGCGUACUGCUCGAUGUAGGAACCAUGCCAAGACCUCGCUCCAUUUACCAUCUCUGGAAAGCCUUUGACAUCAACUCCAACGUCGGCGGUGCCUGUGGUGAGAUUGUCGCACUCAAGGGCAAAUUUUGGGGCGCACUGCUCAAUCCACUCGUCGCGGCGCAAAAUUUCGAGUACAAGAUGUCCAACAUUCUCGACAAGCCGCUCGAGUCGGUCUUUGGCUACAUCACGGUGCUUCCAGGUGCCUUCUCCGCGUACCGCUACAUUGCGUUACAAAACGAUGCUCACGGUCAAGGGCCCUUGUGCUCGUACUUUAAGGGUGAAACAUUACACGGUGGCCAGUCGGACGCAGACGUCUUUACGUCGAACAUGUAUCUUGCCGAGGAUCGCAUCUUGUGUUGGGAGCUAGUGUCGAAGCGAGACAGCGCCUGGAUCUUGCAUUAUGUCAAGUCUGCCCAAGCAGUCACGGAUGUGCCCGACCAAGUUCCCGAACUGAUCUCGCAACGCCGUCGUUGGCUUAACGGAUCCUUCUUUGCCGGCAUCCACUCGAUCAUCAAGUUUGGCUACAUCUACCGCUCUUCGCAUUCCUUCGGCCGCAAGUUCGCUCUGCACAUCGAGAUUAUUUAUCAGACGAUCCAACUCAUCUUUUCGUGGUUUGGUAUGGCCAACUUCUUUAUCGCCUUUUUCAUUCUCACUAGUGCCAUGAGCGACAAAAUCCAUGCGCUCAAGGUUCCUAAUCUGGUCCUCUCCUACAUCUAUGUUGCCUUUAUCAUCUUCUGCUUCCUGCUUUCUAUGGGUAAUCGACCUGCGGGAAGUAAAGCUGGAUACACGCUAGCUAUGGUGGUGUUUGCGCUCCUAACGGUCUACAUGACGGGCGCUGCAAUCUACUUGGCGGUCGAUUCGAUUCUCAACGCCACCGGUCCCAAUGGCGGUGGAACCGAUGCGCUUGUUUCGAACCGUACGUUUGUCAACAUUGUCAUUUCGCUUGCGGCCACAUUCGGUAUCUGGUUGAUCGCGAGUAUCAUGUUUCUCGAACCGAUGCACAUGGUCACUUCGAUUGUUCAGUACCUGCUCAUGGCUCCCACCUUCGUCAACGUGAUCAGCAUCUACGCCUUUGCCAACAUCAAUGACAUUUCGUGGGGAACGAAAGGAUCGGAUAAAGUCAUGACGGAUUUGGGAGUCGUCGGAGGCUCUGGCAACAACCAGGUCGAAGUUGCCAUUCCGACCGAGUCCAAGGACAUUAACGACGCUUAUGACGAUGCGAUCCAUGUUCUGAGCAACAAGGCGCCCAAAGCCGGGCCUGGCCCUGUCGAUAAGGAACAGAAGCAGAAGGACUACUACGCUACUGUGCGUACCAAUGUGGUACUCUGCUGGAGUUUGAGCAAUGCCGCUCUCGUCGUGGGCAUUCUGAAUAUCAGUUCGAUUGGCACAAGGACCAUCUACAUGGGAUUCCUCUUGUAUUCCGUCGCAGGCUUAGCGCUGUUCAGGAUGAUGGGUUCCACAAUCUACCUGAUUAAGCGGCUUUUCUCUGGAGAAUAG